AUAAACUGUUAUCAUCUGAUUCAUUUACAAUGUAUAAAAUUUACGAUUUAUUCAUUCAUUUUUGUGGUUGAGUUAGGAGUUUCAUUGAUGAACAUGGAAGGCACCAAGCUAGGCUUGCUAGAAGCCUAGAACCAUGUACGAAUCCAUGGCGAAAAACCAUAGUCUCGAUUCGAGACUAUCGGAAUCUUUUUUGUCGGAAUUGACCAGAUUUAUACGUGUUCAUCGGUACCCACAAAUCCCUAAAGGUAACCAAGCUUGGGGAGUUGGAGUUCAUACAGAUAGCACGGUUCUUUCUAUAUUGAACCAAGAGCAACUCGGAGGACUACAAGUUUUCAAAGAUAACAAAUGGAUCCCUGUUAAACCCAUGGCUGAUUCCCUCAUCAUCAACCUUGGAGAUAUGAUGCAGGCCAUAACCAAUAAUUUAUACACAAGUGUAAAGCAUAGAAUAAAUGUGAAGCAAGUGGACCGAAUCUCAAAAUUUUGUUUUGUGUUUCCACAAUUUGAUUCUACCAUUCAAAGUUCUAAGUACAAGCCUUUGACUUACAAAUCUUUUCAAGCACAAGCUGAAAAGGAAAUAGAGACCUUGGGAUUUAGGUUGGUCUUGAUAAUUUCAAGCUAAAUGCUUAGGGUUUUUUUUGUUAGUCUUUGUAUUAAAUAUGUAUAUUGAUUUAAUUCAUGAAUUUUAAUGUACUUAAUUUUUAUUUUUUUUGAAAUUUGAUAUUUUAAUCAUGACCCAAAUGAUCAUAUCAGUUAAAUCUAUUAGAUUAUAUGAUUCUGUCUUUGGGAUAUUUCAAGUUUAGAUUCAUGUUGUUUUGGUUUUGAGUUAAUUUGAGUUAGAAUCCAUUUGAUUUUUGGCCUAUCUUGUACAUAUUGUUGACGUUUUAUGAUCAAAUCGAAUCAAGUCCUAUUUAGAUUUAAA